CUCUAGAGGGAGCUGAUUGGAGUCAGGAGGAACUGGCAGCUCUAGGAACUGUAGCCUCACGGCUCCUUGAGGGCCGAGCCGGGUCCAGAGUGCUGGACCUGGGCCGGCAUAGGCUGCACACAGAUACUGCUGCCUGUUGUUGGGAGCCAGCCUCCCCGGAGCAGCUGCUGACCCCUCAGACCCUCUGGCUUCUGUCCUGCUGAGCCACCCUAGGUCUGGGCCCAGGUCCCGGCGGGCCCACACUGUCCUCUGCUGGAGCCUGAAAAAUGGAAUCCGGGCAAGGCCCAGGUCCUCCUGGGCAGGACUGUGGAGAGCCUACCUCAUCUUCUUCUUCAGAGGAGCAGGUAGCCCUGGAUGCAGAGGAGGUUUUCCGCAGCUAUGUUUAUUACCGCCACCAGCAGGAACAGGCCGAGGGGGGAGCAGCGCCUGUUGACCCAGAGAUGGUCACCUUGGCCCUGGAACCUAGCAGCACCAUGGGGCAGGUGGGUCGGCAGCUCGCCAUUAUUGGGGAUGACAUCAACCGGCGCUACGACUCAGAAUUUCAGGCCAUGCUGGAGCAGCUGCAGCCUACAGCAGAGAACGCCUAUGAGUACUUUGUCAAGAUUGCUAAGAGCCUGUUUGAGAGUGGCAUCAACUGGGGACGAGUGGUGGCUCUUCUAGGCUUCGGCUAUCGCUUGGCCCUUCACGUCUACCACCGAGGCCUGACCGGCUUCCUGGGCCAGGUGACCCGCUUCAUAGUCGACUUUAUGCUGCAGAACUGCAUUGCCCGGUGGAUUGCACAGAGGGGUGGUUGGGUGGCAGCUCUCGACUUGGGCAACGGCCCCAUCCGGAAUGUGUUAAUUGUUCUAGCUGUGGUUCUACUGGGCCAGUUUGUGGUACGAAGAUUCUUCAAGUCCUGAUCCCCAGAAGGGGCUUUGGGGGAUCCAGCGGAGACCACCCCCCAACUUGGACUUCAGUCAAGUUUUCACCCUCACCUCCUCCCCUGGAGGGGUACCCCUUCAAGAGUAAAGAAGCUUUAGCAAGUGGGCACUCCAACUCUUGAGGAUCCCUGCCCAGGCUGCAGGAGUACCCCAGCAUUACUUGGUGCUAUCAGGCCUCCUGAACCCCCAUCCUAUCAGGGGCUGUAGCUUCCUCCCUUAGUUUUCUGGGAUCCCCUCAGUUCCAUCUUCAGGACUUUGGGGAGGAUGAUAACUUAGGGAAGCAAGUAGCUGGGAACUACUUCUCCCUAAGAAACUUUUAAUGGUUUAAGCUUUUUAUAAUCUGCUUGGGUGGAUCUACUACUCUGCCCAAGGCCAGGAUGUCUGAGGCAUCAUGGUUAGUAGGCCUGCCUAAGCCCUGGGGGGUUGGGGGGGUGGUCAUACAGCUGUUCUGGAAGGUGAGAGUCUUUGAGGAUGGGCCUGGGUUCCAGGCCUGGACCUUCCUAAGCUAUGUCUCCCAGGGACAGGACAGGCUCAGGGUGUGGAGCUAAAGGCCUGCUCCGAUCUUCCUGCUCCCAUUCCCCACCACCACCACCACCUGUCCCCAUAUUGCCUUGACAGUUGGACUCUCAGGGAACCUGGGCUUGAAGUAUGGGGGUGAGGGGUAGAGACCAGAGUUAUCUGAAUUAUCCAUCAAAUCCCUCCAGGUUUGCCACCUGAGGACCUCAGCUCUCUUCCUACCCUCACCUUGUCACUUGCUCCAACCCAUUCACUAAGUGAAGCCCACUCCAUCUGCAUCACUCCAGAUCAGGAAGGCAAAGACCUUGGCUGACUAAGAGUGCUGAGCCCCCUACCCCUACUCCACCAGCACCACCACCUUUACCAAACUAAUAGGGCUUUGGGCUGUGGUUUGUUAUUGUCAGGGGAAGAUGGGAGGGAGUACACCUUGAAGUUAACAUGUGAGAGAAGGGCUAUUAGUACCACUAGGAACCCCAAGGUUAGGAUCCUCCCUCAUGGCCUGGGCACAGUGUAAUCUGUGGAUGGGGGAACUGUGAAUACUUGAACCCAACCCCCAACCCCUCCACAUUCCUCACCUGCCUAAGCCCCUUUUGGGCAUAUGGUGGGAAUACCUUGUCUGUCUUGCACAGUCUUGGAGCUUGGGAGGUAAGAGGAGAGAUCUUCCUGAUUAAGCCAAGUGCAGGGAAGGAUGAAGAUGAAACCCACUGACCCCUCCCCCCCCCACUCUGAGUGUGUUUGAAAAUAAACUGUAACCCCCCA